GUUCGAUAGGGUGCCACGCAAGUUAGAGAUCCCACCUUAGCUGUUUUGUUCUGUUUCCAACAGCAUCACUUAAUAUCGCAUACUUCUUCUUCUUCUUCACUCUCAUUCACAUGCUUCCUUCUCCUUCAACUUUUUUUCAUCCCCAUUUUCUUUUUCAGAUCUAAACACUUUUAAGUAACAAACCAAAAAAAAGCUCUUCAUUUUCAUAACAAUUUGAAGAACUAUAAAUAACAUGAACAUGAAGUAGUAACAUCUUGUUCAGUUCUCACAAUGAUGGGUUUCAACCCAUCAUCCAAAAUGGGUAGUCCCAAAAACUUGCAUGAAUCAUCACAGAAAAAAAGAGUUCCAACAAGAGUCUGGUUAAGCUUCCAAAUAUCAAUGGCUGUCCUCGUGGGUGGAAACCAUACAUCAUCAAGGUUUUGUACUCGCUAAAUUCUUCUCUUUUUCUUCUCUUUGGCUUUUCAACAAUCUCUCAAACAAUCUCUCUAAAAUUCCUCAAAGUUCUCGUCUUUUUGACAAAAUAAACAAACCCUUUUGUUCUUAGAGAUCCAAACUUGGAAAUUUCAUGGACACAAAGAUCCUGAAUUUCCAGAUCCUUAAUGGGUCAAUCAAACGGCGCGUGUUCUUUCGUUCAAUUCUACUUGCAGCUACCAUUUCCAUGGUUGCUCUUCUUCGUCUUCGCGCCUUAUCGGAUUUCAAUUUUGGAAAUUUAGUUCCAAUUGCAACCAAUUUCAAUUGUUUUGCAGAUUCAGAUAACAACGUCACUUUGAACCAACCCAGUUCCAAUUUCUUUCAGAAUCGCUUCUGGGGUGUUAUGAAUUGUGAAAAAGACGUUAACUUGACAGUGAAUGUUGUCACUGAAUUAAUGGGUAUGCAGUUUUUGAACAGUGAAGCUAAUACCCUUUGUGUUGGUGAAGGUUCUUCAAUGGCUGUUAAAGCAAUGAAACAGUUGGGUUUUUCAACUGUUAGUGGUGUUUACACCAACCGUUUUUUCUCCCUCAAGAUGAAGAGGUUCAUUUAUGAACUAGAUUAUCAAGAUUGUUCAUUUGACUUUGUUUUAUCUAGGGAUCUUGAUAAGGUUUCUGUACCUGCGUUGCUUGUACUUGAGGUUGAGCGUGUUCUUAAACCUAAUGGAAUUGGUGCACUUCUUGUUGGUGCUAAAAGUUCACAUCACAAUGAUUUGAUUAGAUCAGCUACACCAGUUUCAUCAUUGUUGAGAUCUUCUAGUGUUGUUCAUGUUGAUUCUAUUGAUGGUGAACUUAAUCUUGUUGUUUUCAAGAAAAGAUCUCAAAAUGCAACAACUUUUUUCAAUCACAAUCAGAUUAGUUUACCUGCUGAUUGUCCUAGCUUGACAUUAACCAAGCCUCUCAUAGAUCUAAUGGAACCUCUUGUGAGCGAAAAACCGAUGCUCGUGUCACCGGUUUCCUAUUUGCCUAAGUUUGUUGAUGUUUCUGCUAGGAAGAGGUUGGUUUAUAUUGAUAUUGGUGUAGGAGAGCUUUUGAAUGCAAAUGUUAGCGAUUGGUUCCUACCAUCAUAUCCAAUUGAUCAGAAAGAUUUCAAUGUGUAUUUUGUUCACUACAACACUUCGAUAAUGUUGUCUUAUGUGAAGAGGCCCGGUAUCACGUUUGUUUAUCACCCUGGAUUAGCCGGUAAAGUCACCGCCGAAGUUGAUGAUAUCGGAGAUAAAGACGAAGAUCUAGAUCAUUAUGGUGGGGAAGAAGAGUUUGAUUUCCUUGCUUGGUUCAAAGAAACUGUGCAAUAUGCUGAUUUUGUUGUCUUGAAGAUGAAUGCAGGAGAAGUUGAACUCAAGUUCUUAUCUGAUGUAUUUGACAGUGGAGCUAUAUGCUUUGUUGAUGAAUUGUUUCUAAGAUGUCCUGAGAAAAGUGAUGAUGAUAAAACUAAUGCCUUGACAAGCAAGGAAAAUUGCAUGGAUGUUUACAAAAGUCUCAGAAGCAAUGGUGUCUAUGUGCAUCAAUUGUGGGGAGAUGAAAUUGCUUACAAGACCAAACCUUAGGUGUUUAGCCUUUGGUGAUUAUGGUGUGAAAAUAAAUUAUGUUGUUUGAAUUUCUUUGUGUUUGAUCAUGUAUUUGGACUAUAGUCCAAUGAUCUUGUGUGUUGUUGUAUGUUAAGGUUAUGUAGGAUGCUAUGGACAUCUUAGUGCUUUAUGGUUGGGUGCUUAAUAUUAAAUAAACAACCAUUGUUGUUGUGGUUUGCUAGUAAAAUAUGUGUGGAUUAUUUGUGA